UUCUUGCGGAACUGUCUCAAUAUCCCCUGCCUUCUCCCACCAACCUCUCUCUCUCACUCUUUCCUUCUUCCACGUUUCAAAUUUACCUACCCUUUUCUUUUCAAGAUUUUCAUCAAACACGUUAAGCAAAUCAAUCUCAGUUACGGCCAAGAACACUAUGGCAGGAUCGAAUUUCCAGAUUUUGAAGUCUAGAGGCGCCGUUGAUGAGAAUGAUAUGUUGAUGGGUGCUUUGCUUUCUCAAAAAUCUGGUAUUGAUUUACUGCAGAAUUGUGAUCUGCCUCCACCUGUGAAGGUGUUUUCAGGGUGGGAUACGACGGUCAUCUCACCGGUGAAUAGGGUUUUUGGGCUGAUGAGCAGAGAAGAAGAUAACACUGGUUUUGAUAUCAAUGGAGGUGAGAAUGAGAAGUUGGAGCUUCUCAAGGCGUUGAGAUUGUCACAGACAAGGGCAAGAGAAGCAGAGAAGAAAGCUGCAAAUUUGGUUAAGGAGAGGGAUUUUAUUUCGAAUGCUUUGUUGAGAGAAUCCAUGCAGCUGUUUGCCUAUCGUCAGUGGCUGAGGUUGCUUGAGGCUCAAGUCUUCAAGUUGCAAUCAGAAUGGCAACCACAAGAAAAGUUUGACGAGGGAAAGGAUUGUGUGGGUGGUGGUGGUGGCAGCGGGGGUGGGAUGGCUUGGGUGGUGGUGGGUAUGGCGGUUUGUUUAGGCAUUGCUGGUGUGGGACUUGCUUUUGGCUGUAGAUAUUUGAUUUGAGUUUGUUUUUCCUUCUCUCCUCUGUCAAUUCAGGGAGAAAUAUUCUGUAAAGAUAAAUUAUAGCCAUAGCCAGAGAGAGGGAGAAAAGAGCUAGUUAUGAUCGGAUUAAUGUUGUUUCAUACAUUAUAAGAACUCUGUAGAACUCAACACAGUAAAGUUAUGAAGAUC